CAAUUCAUUGAUAUGCCUUUGGAUGUUGGUGCCCUAGAUGUGGUGAAGCGGCAAUUUGAGGAAGGUGGUAGUCGCUUCCCACAUGUUAUUGGGGUUGUGGAUGGCACACAUGUUGCUAUUCAGCCACCAAGACAUAAUGAAGAAAUUUAUAGAAACAGGAAACUGUUUCAUUCUCUGAAUGUAAUGGUUGUUUGUGGCCCAUCCCUCCAGAUCCUUUCCCUGAAUGCAAAAUUUACUGGAAGUUCACAUGAUGCAUAUGUCAUUAGACAAUCAGGGAUAUGGCAGAGAUUAAGAUCAAGUCAACGAGCAGACAUGUGGUUAUUGGGAGACCGUGGAUAUCCUUGCACCCCCUGGCUCAUGACUCCUUACCGUAAUCCCAGGCCAGGACCACAGAUGGCAUUUAACUCCGCGCUUACUGCCACUAGGCAGCUGGUGGAGCGCACAAUUGGUGUCCUUAAAGGGCGGUUUCGUGUGCUCCACCGCACUGGUGGCGACAUCAUGUAUUCGCCGGAGAUGGCAAGUAAAAUAGUGGUCCUGUGCGCAAUACUACAUAAUAUCGCGGUAAGGAGUAGUGUAGAGCUUCCUCAGGCAGAGGAAUUGCCUGAUGAGGAGCCAGGGGUUGUUCGACAUUUCGGUGGGGGGAGUGUUACACGGAGGGGGAGCCAAGUGAGGGCAAGGAUUGUUGCCGAAUAUUUCAGCUGAAUGAUCACACGAACUGUGGACAACAACAACGGCACAACUCUCCGCCCCCUUCCCCUUCCCAGUCCCCCUCCCCUUCUCACUCCCCCUCCCCUUCACAGUCCCCCUCCCCUUCCCAGUCCCACUCAGCUUCCCAGUCCCCCUCAGCUUCCCAGUCCCCCUCAUCUUCCCAGUCCCCCUCAUCUUCCCAGUCCCCAUCAGCUUCCCAGUCCCCCUCAGCUUCCCUGGCCCACUCCACUUUCCACUCCCCUUCUCACCACACCUCUCCAUCUCUUUCUGGGACCCCUUCUCCUCCUUCCCAUACCCCUUCUCCUUCAACUUCUACAUCACCAUCUCAACCCCCCUCACCCUCUAUUGCAUUAACUUUCUCUCCGCCCCCCUCGCCCUCUCAAU